AUGGGAAGUAAGGAGGAGAUACGAAUAUUCGUUGGUGGCCUGUCGUGGGAAACGACGGAUCGGGACCUGGAAGACGCGUUCAGCCGCUUUGGCAAGGUUACUGAUGCUCAGGUAAGUGUGUCGUCGUCUCUCCUUCGUUAUUCCUCUACUGUAUCGUCGGGUUGUGAUCAAAUGGGACGAUUUGAGUCCAGGAUUUCCCCUUUUUUGUUUCGUCCUUAGUAUACGUUUGUUUUCCGAUACGGCCCGUUUUUUCGGUUGUGGUAAUGCUUUCUUUGUGGUGGCUGGGGGUGAUUGUGUCCUGUUUAAAAAGUCGCAUCUAUUUUUGUCGAAUGUGAUCCCUCUGGUUCAGUUAUCGAUGAAUCCUGUGUCUUCGUAGUCUAGCAGAUAUUGCCCAAUCAAUGUUUUUGGUCAUUAUUGUGCGAGGGUCGAAAUAUGCUCCAUUAUGAGCGUUCCAUUUUUUAUUUCUUGGUCAGAUUACUCUUUCUUGUCGUUUUCGUGAAGAUUUUUUUUUUUGUGCAGACUACUGAUCAUCUAUCUGUUUCCUUUUUCUUCCUUUCUCUUGGUGCGGGUAACUUUGGUUUAAGUUUGAUGGAUUGUUCUUUGGCAUGCUUGGUCAGCCGGAAGGAAACUCAUUCUCGGACAAUGUUCAUUACUAUCUCCGUUUUAUGAUGUGUUAGGCUGUAGCAAACAUGUGUCUGCGAUUGCUGUUUGGUGAGAUAAAGCUGUUCAAUUGUUUGGCACCUGAUAAAAGUUGAAGUUGUCUGUUUGCCAGUUCAUAGUGUUGGGAGAACUUCUUGCACCUCAUGAUUGCAUCAAUCUGGGGGCCAGAUCUUAGGUCCCUUUUCAGUUGGGGAAGUUAAACUCAUUGCUUGUGCUUUGUCGAGAAGGAAUUUCUUUGAUAAGGUAAGCCUUGAGGACAUGUUCCAGCUUUAUGGCAACACGUCUUCUGUUUCUGUAUUCCUCUAGAGCAAGAGAGAACUCUUGUGCGUGAGGUCAAUUUUCUGUACAAGUUCCAGGACUGAUUGCUGUGCACAGGAACAGUUUAUGGUGCUUGCAGAUAAUCCCGAUUACUUAAACUGGACAACACAGUUUUCGAGUGUUGUGCUACUCAUAUCUCAGAUAUUAAACUUUUACUAUAGAAUCUUCCAUGUCUACUGAUAUGCAGCCCAUCCUCACGGUUCCAAACAGCUCAGUCCAUCUUUGGAAUAGAAAGUGUUCCGUGGCAGGGUUAGUUGGAUGACUUGUAUCUGUGAAUGGGAAUUAUCACGGUUAUUAUUGCUUGCCCAGAGCCAAUUUCGUCAACCAAAACUUUGGAAGCUUUUAAUUCUUCACCUCGCAUCACGGUGUGCAUGUAAAGAUAUCAACCGCUACUGUGUCAUUUUUUUCUAUCUCCUCCGCACUGACUCCUAUGAAGAUUAUGCAGCACACUACGGUUAACAGCACUUAAUUUGUCUUUCGAUCCAUUCAGGCAACUUUCUUGUCAUGCUCUGAAAUUGUGUGAGAAAUUUCUGAACGGAAAGAAUCAAUUGGUUGAUGGCUAUUGGCAGAGAUAAUAUUAUGGCUCAGUACUAUGUAUUUUGGAUUCUGUGCAUCAUGAGUUUCUGGGACCUUAGCUUACUUAAGCAACGUCUAAGGAAAUCUGGAAAAGGUGGAGUAUGGCCACCAAAAUUGUCAUGGGACAGUUCAUUGACAUCAUGGAUUCCGUGAACCUGAAGUUCAACUCUCCAUAUCGGGAUUUGUUGGUUACAUGUGACUUCACUUGUGGUACAAACUUUCAAUGGUCUGGUUACACAAGCAGUUCUGUCAUUGCUAUAGCAUGAUGCUCUCUAUGCAUUAGGCUUCUCGUGCAGUUUGUCGACUUGCAGUUCGAAAGUGUUCUUGAUGUUCUGUUGGAAAAUGUUCAGCGAUGUUGACAUUCUCUUUGGGAAGAAAAAUAUAAUUACGGGUACAUACAGUGUUGUUGUAGGCAUAUUUUUUAAUGAUUACGGUUGAUAUGCUGGUGGAGGUUUGAUGGUAAUUCAAAGCGUUUUUCAAUUUGAUGGUGCUGUUGUUGCUGUGAUGGUGACAUCCCUGCUGUGCAUUCUUGCUCUCUUGUUUCUGUGCUGGCAGAUCUUGAUCGGAUUUUUCCACCGAUUUGAGCUUCAUAUCUGAUUGCCAUUAGUUUUUAAGAAAGUUCGGUUCGUCUUUAUUUGCUGUCUAUUCUCUCGGGUGCUGCAUCAUUGAUCUUGAAGACAAUGGAAAUUGAAAGGAAGCUUGUUCUUUGGAUGUGGUGUUGAUUUAGGCAAUUUACUUCGUUACCUCAUAUUUUUUUCUCAAUGCUCUCGACUUCUUUCAUUCUUCUAGCCUAGUUACAUAUGAUUGAUAGAGAAAAAACAAGGAUUAAAAGUACUGGAUGCUUCGUGAUUGUUGUUGUGUAAGUUUUUUCUGUUUAAAAGAGGAAUUUUGAUGGUGCUGCUAGUGUUGGAGGAUGAAUGGUGGAUUCAUUGGAGAAGAUAGUUUUAGAUGAAUGACCUCACCUAGUAGGAGAGUGGAAUCAUGGGUUUGAUUCUACCAUCGACCCCAUCAUCGUUUUUCAUCUUGGUGAAUCCGAUGAUAGUAUCUUUUUGAAGUUGAUAACCGGGAUAGUCAACUAGAAAGUAAGAUAUUUGAUUUUCCAUGUCAGAAGCAAUCUGGAAUGUCUCUGCAAAUCAGAUUUGAAGGCAGUUAGAAUAGUUGCUUCCCCAAGUCAGAAGUAUUUUGGAAUGUCUCUGCAAAUCAGAUUUGAAGGCAGUUAGACAUAAUGAAGUCCACACAACAAUGCAAUUUUGGCAUCUUGUUAAUUCUUCUUGCCCUGAUAUAUUGACAUAAUGAGGUCCACGCUACAAUGCAAGUAAUCUAGGUACUUUUAUUUCUCAUUUUUUGGCCUUCUCUUUUCUGUUUCAGUGUCUGCGUUAAGAGUAUUAUACGACCUGCUAUAUGUUUGUCCUCUACUUUUCUGGUGUUUUGAUUGUAUUUUUCAUCGACUUUUCUGUCAUCAUUAUGUGCUCACGACUAGGAGAAGGGAAUUCUUGGUUGAUACAUACUGUUCGGUUUUCCUGCUAAAUUUGUAUAAAGUAUGAUUUACUCGUAUGAUUCUCUCUUAAGUGUUUAAUUUAUGGUGUAAUCGUGUUCAUACUUUUAGUAAUUUUAAUUAUCAAUAACUCCUUUAGCUAUAAAUGGCUAUCUUUUUCCCCUUUUGAUACUGAUCUUUUGUUGACUGAUCUUUUCCCCUCUUCAUGGAAAUGAGCCUCCUUUUCUUGUCUUGAGAAAUCCUUUACAGUUAUUUUCACAAGGGACGGCUUAAAAUGCUGUGUUUUUCCUUCUCUAUUUCCAAAUUUUUGUAUGUUUUCUGUGCAUGAAUUAACAGAUAGUUCCAGAUAUUAACAUAGCAACUCUGUAAUUUGUGGCCAGACUUUCUAUAUUGAAUCUACUAUUUAGAUUAGGUGAAGAAAUAGAAAUUUCGUGCAGCGCGUAUGAAUGUUACAAUGUUCUCUUUCGCAUAUAGGAGGAUAGACUCACAGGUGAAUGCGCCCAUAUCAUUUAUCCGCGCGCAUUGUGAUUUGGAUUUCUUGGGGACAUUGAAGAAUGUUUCAAUUCAUCAUUGAGUAAUCAGUGGCAGGUGCUAGAAAUCAUCAAGAGUUUAUCACUUCGGAUUUUUGUUCUCAGGGAGGAAGAUCUUUCUUUUUCCAUCAUCCAGUCUGUGUAGGCACUCAGGUGGCAACGUAUGUGCAUCUGAGAGGCUAUUGAUGCAACACGUUUAGGGUUUUGGUUCUCUCUGUAGACAUUUUCAGUAUAACGUACACAAGCUACAUUGUUGCAAACCUUACUCCAUAAGCCGUUGAAGCCAUAUCUGGUCAUGUGAAUUUACUCAGCAGGGUUUCCCUAUGUUUUCCUUACUCUUGAUGGGCGACAUGUUCUUAUAUUAUCCUUGUUGUGGGCGUAAGAUUCAAUCUCAUUCUGUGAUUCAGGUGAUGUUAGACAGAGACACUGGUCGCUCUCGAGGGUUUGGCUUUGUGACAUUUGCUGAUCAAAGGGCAAUGGAGAGUGCAAUAAGUGAGAUGCACGGACGAGAAUUAGGCGGGCGGGUCAUCUCAGUGAACAAGGCAGAGCCCAAGUUGGGAGGAUCCGAUGGACCCGGCGGCUAUGGUUACCGUGGCGGCGGGGGUGGCGGCAGGGGGGGCUACCGAGGUGGUGGCGGGGACAGGUUCUCUUCUCGCCCAAGGUUUGGUGGACCUGGUGGUGGCGGCAGCCGUGGAGACCGAUUUGGUGGGUCAGAUCGCUAUGAGGACCGUUAUGUGGACCGUUAUGUGGAGGACCGUUAUGACGGAGGCCGCUAUGGGGACCGUGAUGGUCGGGAGGAUCGGUAUGGUGGCGGCGGCGGUGGUGGCGGUGGCCGUGACCAUUACAGUCAUGACCGAUACCCACCUAGUGGCGACCGCUAUCAAGGAGACAGGUAUGGGCAAUCUGAUUAUCCUCAGAAUGGGUAUGGCAAGGAGAGGGGCUAUGACCGAGAUGGCGGCCCGUUGGCGGGUGGAAGUGAGAGGUAUGUUGGUGGCGCCGGCGGUCGCUAUGAUGGAGGUGGUGGUGGUGGUGGCGGCGGAUACAGAGAGAGGCCGGGCUCUUAUGGUGGCCGUCCGGGCAGAGGCGGUGGCAGUUUCAAGGAGAGGUCAGGCCCUUAUGAUCGCCCCAGCAGAGGUAUGCGCCCUUCAGCUUAUGAUGAUCGUUACUGA